AUGAAGAUGAUGAAGAUCACGCUGCUGGUUCUGCUGGGCCUCUGGCUGGACCCGGCCUCGGCCGCCAAGCUGGGCGUGGUGCAGACCGAGGGGGGCCGCGUGGAGGGCAAGAGCUUCAGGAUGGGUUUCUUCAGGACCGUCGACGUCUUCAGGGGCAUCCCCUUCGCAGACGUCCCUGGAAAAUGGGAGAAACCCAAACCUCACCCUGGGUGGAGCGGAGUCCUGGAGGCCACAAAGUAUCGAGAUCGCUGCCUGCAGGUGAAUGUGUUCCAGACGAAAACCAAGGGCAGCGAGGACUGUCUUUACCUGAACAUCUUUGUUCCUCAGGGACGAAAACUGUCCACCAGCCUCCCGGUGAUGGUGUAUCUGUUCGGAGGGGCCUUCAUGUUGGGGGCGUCCAACGCCGUGGCCUUCCUCGGAGACUCUCUGUACGAUGGGAAGGAGAUGGCAGACCGGGGCGGGGUCAUCGUCGUCACGGUCAACUACAGAGUUGGCACUAUGGGUUUCCUCAGCACCGGUGAUGACCGAUUGCCAGGUAACUACGGGCUCUGGGACCAGCACGCUGCCAUCUCCUGGGUGCGCAGGAACAUCGAGGCGUUUGGAGGACACCCGGACAACCUCACCAUCUUUGGCCAAGCGUCUGGUGCUGCCAGCGUCAGCUUCCAGAUGCUGUCCCCCUACAGUAAAGGGCUGUUCCGCAGAGCCAUCACCCAGAGUGGCGUGGCCCUCUGUCCCUGGGCCCUCCAGAGGAACCCCUGGGCCCUCACCAAGAAGAUUGCUCGCAAGGUCGGUUGUUCUAGGACCGAUGAAGAGAAGAUGAUCGCCUGCCUAAAGAUGAGUGACCCGGUCGGCCUGACCAUGGCGGGAAAGAUCGACAUAUUACUUCUUCUGGGGAAAGGUGUGGUCAGCGACCUCCUAGAGUUCGCACCGGUGAUCGACGGUGAUUUCAUCCCGGAUGAGCCCGAGAGGCUGUUUCACAACGCUGCUCAGUUUGAUUACUUGGCUGGUGUCAACAGCAUGGGCGGACACAUUUUUGCUGGAGUCGACGUUCCUUCCAUCAACAAAAGAAAUGCCAACACUACUACAGAGCAGGUGUCCAGACUGCUGGGGCGUCUGACCAAGGAUAAGGGCUCUGCGGCCGUCGCCUCGGCCUUCAGCGUUUACUCGGUUAGUUGGGGUUCGUAUCCGUUGCCCGAGGUGGUGAAGAAGACGGUGGCCGACAUCGAGACUGACUACCUGUUCCUGGCCCCGACUCAGCAGGCUCUCCAGCUCCAUGCUGCCAACUCCAGCGCCCGUACUUACUCCUACCUGUUCAACAUGGAGACUCGGAUCCCCGGGUUCCCGCGCUGGGUGGAGGCGGAGCACGCAGAGGACCUGCAGUACCUGUUUGGAAAACCCUUCUCCACGCCCCUCGUCUACUUCCCCCGACAUCGAGACCUCUCCGGCUACAUGAUCGCGUACUGGACCAACUUCGCCAGGACCGGUGAUCCCAAUAAAGGCGACAGUAAAGUCCCGGUUGCCUGGCCCGCCUUCACCACAAACAACCCGCCGUACCUGAUCAUCAACCACAAGAUGACCAAGUCCUCCGUCAGCCAUGACCUGAGAUCGUACUACGUCAACUACUGGACUCAAACCUACAGCAAGAUCCCAACAGUAAAGACGGCAGGGGAAGAAGACACAGUCUCAUUAACUGUUUGAACAUCAUUAUUUCACUCCCGGAGGAUUAAAACACAGUUAAUUAGAAAAUAAUCAGAAGUUAUUAUGUGGAGCUUUUAUGGAUGAGAAAAUACUGUACUGACAGUAUAAAGGUCCAAAAGUACAGAGAAGAUGUUAACAUCUGGUCUAAUAAACAGAGGUGAAACCUU